AUGGCUACUUAUAACAGCACCCCGCUAUUUGGAGGGGCACUCAUUUGCGACCUGCCAGCCAACUUCGUCGACGUGAGCGCCCUCAGGCAGGUACCGGACAACCAAGAGGUGUACAUCGACAAGGACGGCUUCACCAGCAUCAUCUUUGACAUCAACGAGCGCGUGGGUGGGCCGGGCACCGGCCCGGAGAUUGACGGCCGCGCCUUGACCACACAUCUAGAAGAGGUGGUGGCAGAAGACAUCGUUAAUCUCCAUGUUUGGAACACCACCCCAACCCAGUUUUCACGUCUCAACCAGGAUAUACCUGCAUACACGCUCAUAGCAACGGUCACGCCGCACCCUGACCCCUCGUCCGCUGGCGUUGGGCAACAGCAGACAGAUGUGCAGAACAAACUUACCGCUAUCAUCCUCACGAUGGUACGCCUCGAGCGCGAGAAGACGGAUCUGCUCAUUACCAUCAAUGUGCCGCACAUACGCGGCGAGUAUGACGAAGACGAUGUCGACCUCCAGCUCGGCAAACAGGGUAAGCUCAUCGGUGACGCUGUCGAGUAUGCCUCGAGGAUCUGGGAGACCUUCAAGGUCAAGAACUGGGGCCUGUUUAAGGAGGUCUAA